AUGACUGCGACGAAAACAGCUGAAUAUGAAAUCAUUCCACCUGAUGGAGGCUGGGGUUGGAUGGUGGUCCUGGGGGUCGCCCUAAAUUACAUGACCAGUCAAGCCCUCAUCUCCGUGUUCAGCGUGUUGUUUGGACAAAAGCUGAUCUCGAUGGGACAUGAGACAACAAGUGCAGCCGUCAUAAUGAACGUCAUGACGGCAGUCAUGAACUUCUCUGGUCUACUUACCGGACCGCUGCUGAAGAAGUUCUCGAUGCGGCAGGUGGCUGUCAUUGGAGGGUGCUUUGUGGUGACCGGCCUGGUGCUCACCAGCUUCGCCAAUUCCAUCAUUCACAUCAUCAUCACCUACAGCAUCUUCGUUGGUCUGGGGAUGGGCUUGUUCACGCCGUCGGGCUUCCUGGCGGUCAAGACGUACUUCGUGGAGUCUCGCGGCCGCGCCGUGGGGCUGUCGAUGGCGGGCGCCAACUGUGGCCAGAUGGCGAUGCCUCACGUGGUGCGGCUGCUGCUAGAGACGUACGGCUUCAGCGGCGCGCUGCUGGUGCUGGGCGGGGUGGCCAUGCACGGUCCGCUCGGCUCGCUCUUCUUCCAUCCCGUGGAGUGGCACGCCGAGCGCCGCCCUGUGGCCAACGAGCUGACGCUGCUCAAGGGCGAGUCCGACCCUGGCGAGGAGGUGCGGCCGCGCCGGCCCAGGAGGAACGCCUCCAUGGCGUCGCUGGCCAGCUCCGAGGUGGGCGACAUGGCCGACGUCGUGCCCGAGGACCGCCGCAUGCGCCUGGGGCCCACCUGGGAGGAGGACGAGGAAGAGAGCGCGGGAGCGGCAGCGGGCACCUUCCAGAAGAAGCCGCAGCCGAUCUGGCGGCGUGUGGUGGCCUUCAUGGACCUGGACCUGCUCCGCAACCGUGUGUACCUGAACGUGCUACUGGGUACGGCGUGCAUGAUGACGUCGACGGUGAACUACUCGCUGCUGCUGCCGUUCUACCUGCAGCGCCACGUCGGUCUCUCGAUGACCGACACGGCGCUCUGCCUCACCAUGAUGGCCGCCGGCGACUUCGUGUCGCGUCUCACCGUGCCUCCCAUCACGGACCGCAUCAAGGCCAGAGCGCGGUACACCUUCUUCCUCGGAGCCUGCUUCAUGGCCCUCACGCGAUCAGCAAUCGCGAUGAGCACCGGGAUGGUGCCCCUGUGCGUGUGGAACGCGCUGUGCGGCUUCUCUCGCGGCGCCGCCGUCGUCAACAACAACCUGUGCGUCGCCGAAGUGUGUCCCGAGGAGAAGCUGCCAGGCGCCGUGGGGCUCAACAUGGUCUGCACCGGCUUCAUGCUGCUCGCCGUGGGGCCCAUCAUAGGAUACGUUCGUGAUGAGACGGAGAACUAUCCACUGUGCAUGCACCUGCUGUCGGUCCUGGUGGCAAUAGCAAUGUUUUCCUGGCUCGUCGAAGGCGUACUGCACUGGUGUCGCCGCAAGAGAUGA